AUGAUUACAGCAGAAGUGGCACUUCCGGACAACCUACGGCCGCGGGUAUUCACAGUAAUCUUGACGGCGCUGUAACUUUCUUUUCGUUCGGCACAGGUCGACGACAGACUGAGAGACUUGAUGCGUUUGAACGGAAAUCGAGUGCCGGAAGAGAUGAAAUUGAUGGUGACGGCCAGCUACGAGUUCAGAAAGGACAAGGAUCAGAAGGUUCGGCCGAAACACUUUCCAGAUUCUGUUUCAGAACUAGAUGAAACGGAGUUUGCUUUUUCUUCUGUCGAUUUAGUUUAUUCUAUUCGGUCGUUUGAAGGAGCAUUUCCUAAAAUCUGAUUGAUUCAGAUGAGUUGUUUUUCUCGGCAGCCAAAUUGAAAGACACGUAUGAAACUCUAACAGAUUCUUGGCCUGACGCACCGUCACGGAAUGGUGAUCCGCGUGGGGUACACGAGUCCGUUCAAAGGACUCAUUCUGCCGGGAGACCUGAUUCUGAAGGUGAACGGCACGGAUAUGGCCUUCGAAGAACGGUCCUCGGAGGACAAGACCACCGCGCCGAGCACCCAGAACAGCAAAAUGAAGUUGGCUCGGAAGAAGCCCGCCGCGCCGGUUACGCCGUUAGUUUUAUGUUUCAAGUACCCCACAAAGGAGACGUCGUUUUGGAGUUGUCUGAUAAAAUGUUAUCAUAUUUUCCCUCCAGAAAAGCAUCGUUGGUCGGAUCGAAAGAGUUCAAAGAGUUUGUGCAAAAACUGUUUGCGACGAAGGAAGAAAUCGUGAGAGUGGACGUCACCGUCGCCAGACUCAGAACCCGGACGAAAAAGUUUCGAGUUCCGAGAGGUAAGCUCCUAUUCCAUUCUAACCACUUACUCACUCCCUUUCAGAAUUAGAGCGAGCAGCCAACAGUUCGUACGAAGAGGCGAUAAUAUUCCAGUACAAGUUCCUGAAAUUGGGUCUGAACAUGCAGCAAAUCGGCCCGAAGGUCGUUGUCAACUACACCCUCCCCGAUUCGGUUUCGCACGGCGCUUUGAACAUCGGAGAGACGAUUUCGAUGAUUAACGAAAAAGCGGUGAACAGUUUGGAAGAGGUCAAAGUGGGGAUUGUCAAUGGAAUCAAACAUGAAGGUUCUUUUCAUUGCAUCCAUUGUAAAUCUGAGCAUUGAUUCACAGGCUUUGCCCGUCUGAUUGUCGAGAUUCCGGUAACGGAUCCGCUGAGAAACCAGAUCAGAAAUCAGUUGGCGGUCAGUUUGCAAAAAGGACGGCUCUUCAAAUGAAUCACUUUUGCAGACGGCCGCGAAAGAGACGGAACGCCCUUCGUACGCGCAGUUCGAAGAUGUCAAAAAGUUCGUAGAGGAAGGCAUCGACGCGCUGAAAAACGCGAAAGAGCCGAGUGGGAUUUGGAAGGAGACGAAGGAGAGCGAGAGGAAGGAGGUGGAGAAGAAGAAGAGCACGCGGAAGGCGGAUCAGAAGUGAGCACAGGGGGUACGGUAGAUUCGGAUGAGUACAGUAAUCCUGUUGCAGAGAAGGCGUCGUCGCAUUCAAUGAGAAGACCGAGGAACACGGCAUUCCGAGCGAAUGGAACACUCAACUCUUCGUCAAGGUUUACUGGUUUCACUCAUUUUUUUUUAAACUGAAAAUGGACUUUUAGAUGCUUCCUCCGAAAACGAAACAAACGGAAAUGACGACUGGAAAUACUCUGAUCGUCCCGCUUCCCAAAAAGGGAACCUGA